AACAGUUGACCCCCGCAAUCCUGCAGCUUCAAAUGUUUGACAGAUCAAAACAUUUGAAUUAUCUUAGAGAAGAUAAAGACUGAAGGUUUAUUUACUGGCAGUAAUAUGUCUGGAUACCCGCGCUUCCAGUACGGCGAGUCGCGUUUCGACCAGAACACGUUUUUUGGUCGGUUCAGGCACUUCCUGGAUGUGAUUGACCCCAGCACUCUCCUCGUGUCAGAGAAACGGCUGCAGGAAUGUGUGGAGCUGCUGGACCGUUUCAAACAAGGCACUUUACCUCCGGGAGUGACCGAUGCUCAGCUUUGGAAAGCUCAGAAAAUAAAGCAGGCCAUCAUCCACCCUGACACGGGGGAGAAGAUCCUCAUGCCCUUUCGGAUGUCAGGUUUCAUCCCGUUUGGCACACCUGUGGUCGUCGGCCUCCUCCUCCCCAAUCAAACGCUGGUGUCAACCGUCUUCUGGCAGUGGUUAAAUCAAAGUCACAAUGCCUGUGUCAACUACUGCAACCGCAACGCCUCCAAGCCAGCUCCAGUUUCCAAAUUCUUCCAGGGAUACGUCGGAGCGGUGACCAGCGCUGUGUCCAUUGCUGUCGGCCUGAAUGUUUUAAUCCGGAAAGCAAACCGCUUCAGCCCAACCACCAGGCUUUUGGUGCAGAGGUUCAUCCCCUUCCCAGCAGUGGCGAGCGCUAACGUCUGUAACGUGGUGCUCAUGAGACACUCGGAGCUGUCGGAGGGCAUCAGCGUGCUCGACAACAACGGGAACGUGGUGGGGACGUCGAAGGUGGCCGCCAGGCACGCUCUGUUGGAGACGGCCCUGACCAGAAUGGUGCUGCCCAUGCCCAUCCUGCUGCUUCCUCCCAUUAUCAUGUCUGUUCUGGAAAAGCUCCCUGUCCUGCAGAGACGGCCGAGGCUCAUCCUGCCCGUCCACAGCCUGGUGGUUCUCGCUGCCUUUGGCCUGGCGCUGCCGCUCGCCAUCAGCCUCUUUCCACAGAUGUCCCAGAUCGGUGUGAAUCAGUUAGAGCCGGAGAUCGCCAUGGCAACAGAUUGUAAGAUCGUGACUUACAAUAAAGGCCUGUGAGCGAUGUGAGCCGAGCCGAGCGGCGCGCGGGGAUGGGGCCCGAAACGUUUCCGGAGCUGCCAGAAACUGAACGGUGGUAAAUUUGGCUGCAGCAGCCGGCGAGGGAUUUUGUGUUUACUGCAGUUGAUAUCGAGGAUGCAUGUUGUUAGUGCAGGAAUAAUGAUUGUUAAACAAGAGAGUAACAGUGACAGGAAAAUAUGAAUCACAACACCUCAGAGAGGAUCAUCACUGUUAGAGCGGAGACGAUGCCAAGUCGCUGAAAGAAUCAAAGAUUCGCUGAGGGAAGGUGACAAUCGGUAAUUAAGUUGGCUGCUUUAUUUCUGAGCCGCACUUUUUCUGUAAUAAACAGAAUUUAAUAGAAGUUUAGUGACAUAAUCAUGGUUGUAAAUAGGCGUCUAAAGGAGUGAAGCUGUAAACACUGUGAUAAAAUGAAACCAUUUAAUGAUACGAAGCCAUAGAAUACGUGACUGUAGCUGUGAUCACUUCACUCAGAGAAUGACUUUAAAUUCUGGAGCACAAAGCUACAAUAUUACAAAAAACGGAACAAAAGAUUAGAGUUUCUGUUCAUUAUUUAUGCAAAUUAACUAAUGGCAGGUGCUUAAAUUGCUCCUAAUAUCUUUCACACAAUGAAAGAAGUUAAAUAUCAAAACUGAAACAAUGUUUGAAAGAUUUAUACUCGACCGUGAACUGUGUAAAAGUUUUAAAAUCCUCCAGUCAAAGGACAAUUAUUAACCAGAAAAGUGGAUGGUGAAUAAAUUAUAAUCAAUUAAAAGGCAAAUCACUGUA